AGAGUCUACGUGGUGAGGUUUGGAACCACUAAUCCGGUUGUACACUUAUCACCAUGGUUGACGCCCGGAGCGGGUUGAGCACUAGCCCCUACACUCAGGAGCAGCAAGAGAAAAUGGCCGCCCUAGUGAGAGAGAACAAGGAGAGGAAAGAGCUCCUGAAGCAGGCGAAGCUGAAGGCAAUCGCAGAGGAACAAGCAACGAAGAUGAAGAAACUGGCGGAGGAGAUGAAGAGAGUUCAGCAGGAGGAGGAAGAGAGGAGAAAGGCUGCCGAAGAAGAAGCAGCAGCAGAAGAAGAGAAGCAAGUUCUAUGUGCCCCAGGACGAGAGGAUGCGUUAGCCCAGGAGCUAGCAACAAUGGAGGACCCCUUGCAAAGACAAGAAAGAGAGGAGGAGAGAAAGUUGGAGUGGAAAUUGAGAAUGAAGAGGGAAAAGAAGAGAAGAAGGGAUGACGUUAACAGGUUGACCGCAGAGGUGGCGAAGGUGAAGGAUUGUAGGCAGGAGGUGGAGGCUAAGGCAGACGGCUCGGCCAAAAUGGAUAAGGUGUUGGGGUACUUGGAGGUGUUGAGCGCAGCUUGGAUGGAGGAACGCCAGGCCAAUAGAGCUCAAGAGGUAGCCCUGAAGGCCAUGAGGUCCGGUUUUCGGGAUUUUGGGCGCGAGAUGGCUACCCACGUUGGAGGGGAAGUUAGGCGGUUGAGAGACAACGUGGGGAAGUUUUGUGAGGGCGCUAUUGAUAGCGCCAAAGCAGUUGCUGCUGUAGAGAGCGAGGCGAGACCCCGCCCGUGCCUAGCUAGCUGUCCAGAGACCGCUCGUGUUAGCGUCUCUCUAGGCACGUCCUUCACAGGCGUGGCAGAAGAGUUGAAGGAGAGAAUGCCUGCCUGGGCCAAAAUGAAGAAGGAGAGUAAGGGACAACUAAUCUUAGUUGAUGUAGAGGUUUUCAGGAGUAGAGUAGGGGCCCUUAUAGACUCAGGGGCUACCCGUAGCUAUAUUAGCCGUAGAGCGCUGAAGAAGCUGAGGCUAGGAUUAAAAGUCCAAAAGUUGGCAGACCCCAUAGUCAGUGUCCUCGCAGACAACCGCACAAUGCGAGUUGAGGACUACAUAGAGGGAGUCCAAGCGUACUUUCACCUAGAGAAAGAUGGGAAGGUGGAGAAAGUUCUCCAUUCCCUGACUGUUCUCGUUCAGGAUGACCUUCCUUUUGACAUGGUCUUAGGAAUGGAUUGGGGAGAGGCAGCAGGGGGCACACUCCAUUUGAGAGAACACGAGUGUAGGCUCCCUAGUCCGUUAGAUCAAAGAGAAAGAGAUCUGAUGCUUGAAGAGAAACGGGCAGAACUGCAUGCUAAGAUGUUGGCAGCAAAGCUGCAAGAGUUAGAUGAAAGAAAGAGAUUGCAAGUAGAGGGUACAAGGCUGCACAGAGAGUUGCAAGAACAAAAGGACAAACAAGCAGCAACCGAAGAAAAGUUAGCCCUCUUAACCGAAACAGUUUUGCAUACCAAACAAGAACUAGAAGCAAUGAACAAAACUCUGCAGAAAGUGGAGUCCCACCAAUACGAAUUUGAAGGAGUCUGGAACACCUUCCUUCAGAAGUCCGCCAAGGACGUCGAUAUGCAUAUUCAGUCCUACAUUGCAAAACUAGAUAACCACAUCACCCAGACCUUCACUCCGGCUGUAAUUGAGAAGAUAAUUCAGGGCAGCGGUGCAGGAGGGGGAGGCGGCGGUGAUGGAGACGGGGAUGGAGGAGAUGGUGAUAAAAAAGGAAAGGGGGUGCUGCGAGAAGACAGUGGGGAUGCUAAAAAGAUUAAAGUUAAAGUGUCGUGGACCUACACAGGCAAGAGGGAGGAAAGCGUCCUGCAUUGGAUUGCGGCCGUAGAGUCCUAUGUGUACGGUCAGCGCAUCCCAUAUUGGGACAGAGUUCUGAUGGCCACUUCAUGUAUGGCCGGCGAUGCGAUGAGCUUCGCCAUAUCGUUGCAAAAAGAAGCAAACUGCCAGACAAUGAUUGAAUAUUCACAGCAAACCAGGAUUGAGGACUUCUUUAAAGUAGUACGAGAACGAUUUGAAGAUAAAAACCUGGCUCGUCGAACGGAAAUGCUAAUUUUGAAUAUUGCGGAUCGAAAAUGGAAGAGUGUGUCUGCACUGAAAGCAACGAUGGACGAACUCUUGCAAUGCGCUGAGCACGGCCUAACUCAGUUGUACCCCCGCACAAAAGAAGAGGGGAUGACUUACGAGAAGUUCAGCAAGAUCGCCAUAGAUCAUGCUGGCUUCUUAGUUGAAGCUAAUUACUGCCAUUACUGGAAGGAUCUGCAAGCGGGUAAAAAAUGGCAGAACCACACAAUCUCAGGGAACAUACCUGGGAAAGACAACCUCCUUUUGACCUUUGAAGGAGGUGUCGAAACUCUCUCCUACGACCAAAUAGAUUGAGAACCCAGCGGUCCGGUAGCUCAGGAGGGGAGCUACUCGGUCGUUGCAGCCCGCGGUGGAGGGCUCCAAGGAAGA